AUGCGAGCAAACGGCAUUUCUACCAUACUGGCGCUUGCCAUUGCAGGACACGCUGCUGUCCUACCUGAGCGUGCAGCACCUACGUGCACCCAAGAUGCCUGUCUUGAGCUCUUGGAGCUCUUCAGCUUCGUCGCAAAACCAUUCUGCUCUGCCUACACUCGUGCUCCAACUCACACUAUACCCGCAUUCGCCGCACGGUGGGCCACGGCCCCUGCCAAGAUUUCGAGCGCUUGUACAUGCUUGAAUGGCGGAAAGCCAAACACCGCGAUCAGUAGCGCAUCCACAAUCAUCCCAGUAUCAACUUCUUCAGAGACAAUUAUCGCAACUACGAGCGUGAACUCGCCAUCACAGUCGCCUCACACGCCGACUAUCGCGCCGGCGACUAGCACGACUAUAAACUCAACAUCUCAAUCAGCUUCUACCUCCGCGAAUGCGUCAGCAACUACACCUGCAUCCACCGAUGCUUGCCACGUAACAACAUAUACAGCAAUUCCGGCUGCUACCGCGGCUUGCACUUCCAUCAUCCUCGAUGGCAUCACUGUUCCUGGAAACUCGACCAUCGACCUUUCGAAAUUGAGGACUGGAACCAAAGUAACUUUCAAGGGAACGACCUUCUGGGACUAUUUCGAUGCAAACUACCCAUUAAUCAAGGUCGGAGGCACGAACAUCGAGAUUACAGCCACAGAGGGUGCUGUUCUCGACGGCAACGGCCAGUCAUGGUGGGAUGGUCUCGGUAGCAAUGGGGGCAUUGCUAAACCUAAUCACUUCAUCGAGCUCACUAAAGUCCUUGGGUCUAGUUCUGUCCACGACAUAUACAUCCAGAACUACCCCGUUCACUGCUUUACGAUCAGCAAUAGUGCUGGGAUUGAUAUCUAUCAUAUUACGCUGAAUAACAGUGCUGGUUAUGCACCAAAUGCCCGCUCUAACGGCUUGCCUGCUUCACACAACAGCGACGGCUUUGACUUAGCAAGUACCAACGACACCAAAGUACGCGACAGCGUAGUCAUUAACCAAGAUGACUGUGUCGCUGUUACUAGUGGCAACAACAUCCUCGUCAACAACAUGUACUGUAACGGUAGCCAUGGUCUCUCCAUCGGCUCUGUUGGUGGGAAGUCAAACAACAACGUCACCAACAUCUCAUUCACCAAUUCUGUUGUCCUUAACUCCGAGAAUGGUGCACGCAUCAAGAGUAACUCCAACACUACUGGGCUCAUUUCCAACAUCCUUUUCGAGAAUAUCCGCGUCGAAAACAUAUCAAUCUACGGCAUUGAUAUCCAGCAGGACUAUCUGAAUGGCGGUCCAACCGGCAACCCCACUAAUGGAGUCAUUAUCAAAGAUAUCACGAUACGAAAUAUCACUGGAACUGCUACAGAUAAGGGGAGGGACUACUAUAUUCUUUGUGGAGCAGGCAGCUGCAGUAACAUCACCAUCAACGAUGUCGAUGUGAGGGGUGGGGGUGUGCCCAGUGCUUGUAAUUUCCGGACGAAUGGAAACUUCGAUUGUGACGGUCACUUUGUCUAG